UCUAAACGUUAAGCAAAACUCGAUCGAAAUCACAAAGUUAUUACAGCAUCCUUGGGGAUGGGAAGAAAUUUUCUUCGUCUGCCCAAUGUAAGUGGUAGAAGCUCGUUCGCAUACUCCAUAGUCGCGUGUUCAAAUCUUCCCAAGCGAAGGAGCAUUGUACUCAGCUUUGGCCACAUAAUGACCGAGAACAUGACGCUCGAACAGCUGUCCGCAAACAAGUGCUUCGAGGGCGAGCAACGCGUGUACCGCCAUCGCUCCGGCACCUUAAAUUGCGACAUGACCUUUGGCGUCUUCCUGCCGCCGGCUGCUCUAGAGGGCAAACCGUGUCCGGUGCUGUUCUUCCUGAGCGGACUGACCUGCACCCACGAGAACUUCAUCCAGAAGAGCGGGUUCCAGCAGCACGCCGCCCGUCACAACCUAAUCGUCGUCAAUCCGGACACUUCGCCUCGGGGAGUGGAAAUCGCCGGGCAGGAUGAUGCCUACGACUUUGGGAGCGGGGCUGGAUUCUACGUGGAUGCCAAGAAGGAGCCGUGGUCCAAGCACUACAAAAUGUACAGCUAUGUGACUCAGGAGUUAGUGGAUGUGGUCAAUGCCAAUCUUCCCGUGGUUCCCGGUAGGCGGGGAAUAUUCGGCCACAGUAUGGGCGGCCACGGAGCCCUGAUCAGCGCCCUUAAGAAUCCUGGACUGUACCAGUCGGUGUCCGCCUUCGCCCCGAUUGCUAACCCCGCCGAAUGCCCGUGGGGUCAGAAGGCCUUUGCCGGCUAUCUGGGUUCCAAUCCAGAUGACUGGGCCCAGUGGGAUGCCACGCAUCUGGUGUCGCAGUACGAGAGCACACCGCAAGAGCUCUUUAUCGACCAAGGGGCAGCAGACAACUUCCUGGCCGGCAAGCAGCUGCUUCCGGAGAACCUGCUAGCUGCCGCCGAUGGCAACGACCACAUCCAGACCAUCUUCAAGCAGCGCGAGGGAUACGACCACAGCUACUUCUACAUCGCCACCUUCGUCGCCGAGCACAUCGCCUACCACGCCGCCCUGCUCACCCCUUCCGCUUGAUGUCCCUCUGCUUGUAUUCCAAAAAAUCCGUAAUUCAAAGUAAAAUCGCCAGUAAAUAAAACAAUUUCCACGGA